UUUCACUUCCCCUUUUAAAGCUUCCUUUCCCUCCCUGUUCCAGUCAGAUCAUGAGACUUCUGGUGUCUUAAACAAACCACAAAUUAGAACCUCUUGAAGCUUGUACAUUAGCUAUGAGGUCCUUUCACCCCGAGGUGCUGCUCCUCUUCGGUCUGCUCAGUAUAACUGCAGGGCUGCAGGUUGCCUCAUCUUCCACCCAGGCGCCGUUUCUCACUGUGUGGAACGCCCCCACUGAGAACUGCCUCUCACGGUAUGGUGUAGAUCUCGACCUGGGAAUGUUUAGCAUCGUCCAGAACCAGAAUCAAACCUUUAUGGGUGACAACAUCACCAUCUUCUAUGCUGACAAGCUUGGGCUGUACCCUAGGUACUCUGCUCAGGGGCAGGCCAUCAAUGGUGGGGUUCCACAGAACAGCAGCCUAGAUGAACACCUUAAAUUAGCCAGUGAAAACAUCCGCUACUACAUCCCUGACAGAGAUUUCCAGGGCCUGUCUGUGGUGGACUGGGAGAGCUGGCGGCCUCUGUGGGCAAGAAACUGGGAGAGUAAACAGGUGUACAAGGAGGGGUCAAAAGCACUGGUGAGGUCCAGGCAUCCAGACUGGAGCCCUGCUCAGGUGGAGGCAGCAGCACGGGUGGAGUUUGAGCAAUCUGGGAGGAAAUUCAUGGAGGAAACACUGAAACUGGCACAGAAAAUGAGACCAAAUGGCUUGUGGGGGUUUUAUGGAUUUCCCAGUUGCUACAACUUUUACAAUAACAAGAGCAUAAACUACACAGGUAAGUGUCCAGAUGUGGAGGUGAAGAGAAACGACCAACUAAUCUGGCUGUGGAACGCCUCCUCUGCUCUGUACCCUGACAUCUACCUGAGCCUCGAGCUGCGAGGCCUCAGCAGGGAGGUGCUGCUCUACGCUCAUCACUGCAUCCUGGAGGCCAUGAGAGCGGCAGAUCAGGUUACCCCUAGGCAGUUGCCCGUCUUCACCUACGCCCGCAUUGUCUACACCUACUCGUUGGAGUUCCUCUCCAAGGAGCACCUGGUCUACACUGUUGGACAGAGUGCUGCUUUAGGAGCUGGAGGGGUGGUGCUUUGGGGAGACCACACUUUUGAUAAAUCUAAGGCUACGUGUGAUGCAGUCAAAUCCUACAUUGAUGAGACUCUAGGUCCCUACCUGGUCAACGUGACAUCAGCUGCAACUCUCUGCAGCAAGGUUUUGUGCUCCUCUCAGGGACGGUGUCAGAGGACGGACCUGAAGUCAGGGGCCUACCUACACCUUAACCCCGCAGCGUGGAAGAUCCUCUCUGAGAAGAAACCGGAAGGAGGGACAAACUACAGGGUUUUAGGACAGAUGGAUGUACAAAGUGUUAUACAGAUGAAGUCUGAGUUUCUGUGCAGGUGUUAUCCUGGGUGGGGAGGGGAGAACUGCUCCAAGCCAAUUUAGAGAUUAGAAUUAUUUAGUCAAUAAAAGAGGGGAAGUACAAGCCAGUACCAGAGCACGCGAAAUGGUUACUCUGGUACUCCAGCCGCUUCUCAGAACUCAAAGAUGUGCAAUUUAUUAUUGGAAACUCCAUUUUUUCUUUUCGGUGUGUUUGUGCAGAUUCAUGCUCAUUUAAAAAAUGCUAAAGUAUUCUUUUAAAUCAUGACUUAUUUUUGUAUCCCCAUUGUUUUUUUUUUUUUUCCUAUAUGCACUGAUGAUUUUUUUUUUACAUCAAUCACUAAUUUGUCAUGUUGUCUGCUUAUAACAUUAAAUCCUUCUGCAAACUGCAAAUAUCUUGCCAGUUUUACUGGGGGGGAUGUAUUUAAAGCUUUUCAUCCCCGACCAGAACAAAACUCUUAAAAGAAUACAAUACCAUCAGUCCUGCGAUGAACUCCAGGUGGUAAAGUUGUUGUUUGAAUUUAUCGUUCAUCUUCUAAACAUUUAUCAUGCAAGUAACAUUUGAUCCUCUUUAGUUAACUGUUUCCAUAGUUGUUUGAUUUGAAUGAGCAUUAGAUGCUGAAAGACAACAAAAAAGCAUGGAGUUGUUUCUGACAUCAUGAACUUCCUGAAACACCAAACUACAUAUAUUUCAAGGAAGUUGGUCUCAAAUCUUGCCAUUAGUUAUCAGAUUGGAGGAAGUCUUCCUCAUCAUCUUACACCCAAGUUUGAGACAUGCUGUGAAUUGUAAGCCAGUUCAAUAUGUUGAUCUCCCUCCAAAAUGAUUGGCACCCUGGUAAAGAUGCAGCUCUGUAGCUUCCCACCACUGUGUGAUUUGGUCAGGUCCUUGUUCUUACAAGUUUGCAAAAUUUCCCGUUAUUUAAAGCUUUUUGAAUAUCAUUCUGACUGUAGAUUACAGUACAUUUAUGCGAUUAACUAUUUUCUUGCAGCCCUUGCCUGAAGAGUGACACGCAUCUGCCUUAGUUGAAGUGAAUGCUUUCUUGUCUUUCCCAUUUUUAAGAGUGGCUAAGUGAAAAUGGUUGUUAUGUGGCAUUAUAUUUAUGCCUCUGGGGGAAGCAGGAAGUCAUGGAUUAUUUAUUAAUACUUGAACAACACGCUCACCAAUUUUAACAAUAAAGUAUAAUUAAAAAAUGUCAGAUGAGGCACUAAUUGAGGCACCAAUUAUAAAUGAUCAUCUCUAAGUGGAUUUUGAUCCUCUCAAAAUAAAGCUGGGAUUUUUUUUAUACUGUGAAGUUUUGCUACUGCAAUAAAAUGUUCAACCCUUUUAGUGCCUUUUAUCAGGGGUGCUCAUAA